CCGAUGUCCAGCGAUAGACAACCGAUAAGUGUCGAUCACUUGUUGGCAACCGAUAUGACUACCGCAGCCACUGCCGACACUAACAAAACUCAGAUAUCGGUGACCAUCGCCAUCGCCACCACUACCACCGCUGUCGGCAACGAAGCCGACGCCAACGACAGCGAUAGUAGAUUUCAAUGCGACUGCCGUUUCGGACCCGACGGCCAGCCAUGUUGUCGGCAGUUUGACGGCCCAGACAUUGCUGACCAUCGGCUGGACUGCCAGAGCUGUGACUACUGGGACGACCACUACUGCUAUAAUCUAUUGAACGAACGUAUCAUAGCUAUCAUGUCAGUACUGAUUGACAACUCGCGUAAUGUUGUCGUUGUUGGCGGUGGUGGCCAGCAAUCAGCGGGAAAAUUACCGCAACGCCACAAACGACGUCAGAAGUCGACGGUUAGAUUUUUAUGGCGCGGACGACCAGUUUGUAAAUCAUUGUUUCUCUAUGUUCACGGCAUUACUAAACCCAAGUGGACAUACCUGAAGAAACGUUAUCAUCGGUACGGUGUUGAACCUCGAGAACACCAGAAUAAAGUGAAUCCAGUGAACAAUCGGGCCAUCAAUACGGAAGAACGUAAAUCAAUUGCCGACUAUAUUGUCGGUUAUGCCAAACAAAAUGCCCGCAAUCCUGACGCCCGUCAAUCGGAUCGCUGGUUAUUGCCGGCCACGCAAUCGAUAAAAUCGGUAUAUCGUGUGUUUGCGGCCAGUGGUCAGCACCGGGCGAUCAGUUACGAAGCGUUUCGCAAUGUCUGGCGCCGGCAUUGCCAGCUAAUCGGUUUCGAUAGCAAAAACGAUCGCCAAUCGGUCGCCGAGUUUAUCAAAAGUUACGCCAAACGGCACGCCGUCAGCAACACCACCACCGGUACUAUCGAUGAGCAGUCGAUGACAGUCCCAUCACCGCCGGGAAUACUGAUACUGCCGGCCGAUUGUAAUGUCAAAACAGUGUACACAGAGUUUCAGCGCCGACAUCCGCGAUCGGCGCACGUGUCGUACGACGUGUUCAACAGUACGUGGAAAGCCCUGUGCGCUGACAUCCGAUUUGCCAAUACUGCUCACUACGGACGCCGAAAGUGCAGCCAUUGCGGAGCCGAAGGACACACCAAUCGGAAAAUUGGUGACCACUUUCUUUGUCCGCUGCGUGAGUCGCAGUCGGGACUGUCGGGACUAAUGCGAAAAGCCCGACGUAAACCACAGUAG